CGCAAACGUAGCACGUGUUACAGAAAACAGCGCGCGAAGAGCAACUCGCAGCUUCAACAGCUAUGUCCGUCAUGAUGGUGCAGGUGGAUGUGAUGUGCUGUAAAUCAGUAGGAACUGAUCUGUCUAUGCUGGAUAUUGAUGAUUUGAUGACAGAAAUCUGUCAGCUGAAGAAAGAGGUGAAGUUACUGGAGACAAAACUCAGAGAGAGAGACCAACUCAACAGAAAGGAUGUAUGUGGUGUUUCUCUCUGUGACUUCACUGAUCAAACAUCUCCAGAUCUUCUGCUUUCUGUCUGUAAUGAAGAGCAGAAGACAUCAGUGAAGCUGCCUGACUGUGAGAUGGAGCUGAAGACACAAAUCAAAGAAGAACAAACAGAUGAAGAUGAUGUAUUUUAUUCAGACCUGAUGGAGGAGGAAAGUUCAGAAUUGAAUGAAAUUGAGGAAAAAAGUCAUCAUCUCAAAAUUGGAGAAGAAUCGGAACAGAAAUUCUCACCAAAAAAUAGUCCGAUAGCAAAAGACAAACAAUCUUCCUCCUGCCCUCAGUGUGGAAAGAUCUUCAAUCAUAAAUCCAAACUUACUAGGCACAUGAGAAUUCACACUGGAGAACGGCCGUACACAUGUGAUCAGUGUGGAAAGACCUUUAUUAGUAACUGCCACCUUAAGAGACAUUUAAAAAUUCACAUCAAAGAAAGAUCUUAUAGAUGUGACCAGUGUGGAAGGACCUUUACUUGUAAAGUCCACCUUAAAGACCACAUGAGAGAUCACACUGGAGAAAAACCUUACGGAUGUCAUCUGUGUGGAAUGAUGUUCUUUCAUAAAGCCAUGCUUCAAGCUCACAUGAGACGUCACACAGAAGAGAAAUCUCACCACUCCUCCUCAUCUAUAAAUGAUGUAUGUGGUGUUUCUCUCUGUGACUUCACUGAUCAAACAUCUCCAGAUCUUCUGCUUUCUGUCUGUAAUGAAGAGCAGAAGACAUCAGUGAAGCUGCUGGACUGUGAGAUGGAGCUGAAGACACAAAUCAAAGAAGAACAAACAGAUGAAGAUGAUGUGAUUUAUGCUAACCUGAUGAAGGUGAAGGAGGAAAGUUCAGGAAUGAAUGAAAUGGAGGAAAAACCUCAUCAUCUCAUAAUUGAAGAAGAAUCUCUGAGCUGCUUGAACACUGAUCAAAAUUUCACAUCAAACAUUAGACAGAUUGCAACAGACAAACAAUCUCCCUCCUGCCCUCAGUGUGGAAAGAUCUUCGCUCAUAAAUCCAAACUUACUAGGCACAUGAGAAUUCACACUGGAGAACGGCCGUACAUAUGUGAUCAGUGUGGGAUGACCUUCACUAGUAACUUCCACCUUAAGCGACACAUGAAUAUCCACACUGGAGAAAGAUCUUAUAGAUGUGACCAGUGUGGAAGGACCUUUACUCGUAAAGACCACCUUAAAGACCACAUGAGAGAACACAAUGGAGAGAAAUCUCACCACUGCUCCUCAUGUGGACGGAGUUUUAAAGAUUCGACAUGUCUUGAGACUCACAGGAAGAAGUGUUAUAAACUUUAUCCACAUGAAACUAUCAGAAGAUCCCUGAGAUUUUCGGGAAAAACGUGUAAAAAUUAUUUUGAUGAAGAAAGUAUGUCCGUCAUGAUGGUGCAGGUGGAUGUGAUGUGCUGUAAAUCAGAUGUCUGUGGUGUUUCUCUCUGUGACUUCACUGAUCAAACAUCUCCAGAUCUUCUGCUUUCUGUCUGUAAUGAAGAGCAGAAGAGAUCAGUGAAGCUGCUGGACUGUGAGAUGGAGCUGAAAACACAAAUCACAGAAGCGGAAGUACAGACAGAAAAAGAUCUGAUGAAGGUGAAAACAGAAAUGACAGAAUCAGGACAACAAACAGAUGGAUGUGAUAUGAUGUAUCCAGGAGAAUCUCUGGGUAGCUGGGAGGUUGCGAAGAAUUUCUCCUUAAAAAACUCUGGGAGAGCAGCAGACAAAGAUUCAAGUGCCUGCCCUCAGUGUGGAAAGAGCUUCACUCGUAAAUCUGAUCUUAAUAAGCACAUAAGAAGUCACACUGGAGAACGGCCUUACGCAUGUGAGCAGUGUGGAAUGACCUACAUUCAUAAACACCACCUCAACAGGCACAUACAAAUGCACAUCGGAGAAAGAUCUUUUAAAUGUGACCAGUAUGGAAAGACCUUUGUUCGUAAAGACAACCUUAAUGUGCACAAGGAAGUUCAUACAAAGCCUUACAGGUGUGACCUGUGUGGAAAGUGCUUCUUGUAUCAACACAUCCUUCAGGCUCACAUGAGACGUCACCCAGGAGAGAAAGCUUUCAACUGCACCUCAUGUGGACAGAGUUUUAAACAAUCAAAACAUCUUGAGACUCACAGGAAGAAGUGCUGGAAAGUUCAUCCACAUGAAACUGUUCAGAUCAGAAGAUCCCUGAGAGUUACAAUCCAGCAGGUGGCGCAAACGCAGCACGUGUCACAGAAAACAGCGCGCGAAGAGCAACUCGCAGCUUCAACAGCUAUGUCUGUCAUGAUGGUGCAGGUGGAUGUGAUGUGCUGUAAAUCAGUAGGAACUGAUCUGUCUAUGCUGGAUAUUGAUGAUUUGAUGACAGAAAUCUGUCAGCUGAAGAAAGAGGUGAAGUUACUGGAGACAAAACUCAGAGAGAGAGACCAACUCAACAGAAAGGAUGUAUGUGGUGUUUCUCUCUGUGACUUCACUGAUCAAACAUCUCCAGAUCUUCUGCUUUCUGUCUGUAAUGAAGAGCAGAAGACAUCAGUGAAGCUGCUGGACUGUGCGAUGGAGCUGAAGACAGAAAUCACAGAAAAACAAACAGAUGAAGAUGAUGUGAUUUAUUCAGACCUGAUGGAGGAGGAAAGUUCAGAAUCGAAGGAAAUGGAGGAAAAACCUCAUCAUCUCAUAAUUGUAGCAGAAACUGAACAAAAUUUCACAUCAAAAAAUAGUCAGAUAGCAACAGACGAACAAUCUCCCUCCUGCCCUCAGUGUGGAAAGAUCUUCACUCGUAAAUCCACACUUAGUAGGCACAUGAGAAUUCACACUGGAGAACGACCGUACACAUGUGAUCAGUGUGGGAUGACCUUCACUAGUAACUGCCACCUUAAGAGACACAUGAAAAUUCACACUGGAGAAAGAUCUUAUAGAUGUGACCAGUGUGGAAGGACCUUUACUCGUAAAGACCACCUUAAAGACCACAUGAGACUUCACAAUGGAGAGCAAUCUCACCACUGCUCCUCAUGUGGACAGAGUUUUAAAGAUUCAACACGUCUUGAGACUCACAGAAAGUUUUGUCAAGAGAGCCAAGUUCAUCUACGUGAAAGCGUUCGGAUAAGAAGAUCCCUGAGAUCUUCUGAAGAUGUAUGUGGUGUUUCUCUCUGUGACUUCACUGAUCAAACAUCUCCAGAUCUUCUGCUUUCUGUCUGUAAUGAAGAGCAGAAGACAUCAGUGAAGCUGCUGGACUGUGAGAUGGAGCUGAAGACACAAAUCAAAGAAGAACAAACAGAUGAAGAUGAUGUGAUUUAUUCUAACCUAAUGGAGGUGAAAGAGGAAAGUUCAGAACCAAAUGAAAUUGAGGAAAAACCUCAUCAUCUCAUAACUGGAGUAGAAUCUGUGAGCUGCUCGAACACGGAGACGAAUUUCCCACAAACAAAAUCUCAAAUAACAACAGACAAACAAUCUUCCUCCUGCCCUCACUGUGGAAAGAUCUUCGCUCAUAAAUCCAAACUUACUAGGCACAUGAGAAUUCACACUGGAGAACGGCCGUACACAUGUGAUCAGUGUGGGAUGACCUUCACUAGUAACUUCCACCUUAAGAGACACAUGAAUAUUCACACUGGAGAAAGAUCUUAUAGAUGUGAGCAGUGUGGAAGGACCUUUACUCGUAAAGACCACCUUAAAGACCACAUGAGACUUCACAAUGGAGAGAAAUCUCACCACUGCUCCUCAUGUGGACGGAGUUUUAAAGAUUCGACACGUCUUGAGACUCACAGGAAGAAGUGUUAUAAACUUUAUCCACAUGAAACUAUCAGAAGAUCCCUGAGAUUUUCUGGAAAAACGUGUAAAAAUUAUUUGUGAUGAAGUUUGUCUUUGACCUUCACUGAAUGAUUUGUUUCAAACAGUGUAAUUAUUUAGCAAAAACCGAUUUUGCAGUAAUGUUAACAUGAAUUUAUUUUAUCAGUGGGUUCAUGACAAGGGCCACCAGAGGUCAAUAAAUGAAAGUUUUUGUGAUUUUGUAAAGUUGAAUUGUUUGUUUAGUGAUGAAGAAAGUGUUUGAAGAGAUACAGCUCAUCUGAUUUAAAGUCUGAAAUAAAACAUGUUAUUACACAAUGA